AUGACCGGGACUGGUCCUGUGCUGACGGUGCGGUCAGCGCUGCUCUGCCAAGUGAAGUUCCAGCUGUGCAACGUCUAUCAGACAACCAUGCUAACUCCUCUUUCAAAUUGGGUUGACCUGAGCUGGAAUGGCUUCAGGCUUGUUCCUGUAAGGUUUACUGAACAUGGAUGUGGCCAUCCAAUGGCUGCCACCUUAACGGCUGAGAAGAAUGACGAGGCUAAUGCGAAAGCUGAACAAGAGACUACCAAACCUGAGGACAAGGCUCACAAGGCCGCGACCAAAAUCCAGGCUAGCUUCCGUGGCCAUAUAACACGGAAAAAGCUCAAGGGGGAGAAGAAAGGAGAGUCGGCUGCGGCAACGAAGGUGGAGGGUGGAGAAAAAAAAGACGACGCUAAAAAAACAGAGGCUAUCAAGGAGGAGGAGGCAACGGCAACAGAACCAGCUGCGCCUGGUUCUGAAGGGAAAACGGAAGAGGUAGAAAAGCCAGUAAGCAACCCUGAAGCAACCCCCUCUGAUGCUGAGAAGGCAUCAGAGGCAAAGGAGGCUCCCACGGAAAACUUGGAAAAAGCAACGCCAGCAGUGAAAGAUGAAAAGGCCACAGAUGGUGAAAAGGAUGUGAAGGAAACAGGAAGCGCCGCAAGUACUGCCACUGAAAGUACCCCAUCUUCAAAUGUCACCUCGAGCCAGGAAAAGGAGAAGAAACCAGUAGAAGCACCUGCUGCUGAGGCCAGUGAAGCAGCAACAAAGGCCCAAACCGAGACAGCUGCUAGUAGCACAGCACCAGAGAAAACAGGCCAGAUCACCAGAAUGAAGCUCCCCCUCCAGAUUAAGUUCUCUGUGAUUAAGAAAUACAUGCCUUCAAAUUCGUAA